AUGAAGGGAGGUUUGCUUGUAGACGAUGAAUACGUACACGAAGAAGAGAAGAGCCUAACUGUUCGGAAAACCUCUCUGUUUUUCGCCGGAGAUGGUUUCACGGUUUAUGACUGCAAAGGCAGUUUGGUAUUUCGUGUCGACUCUUACGGUGGUCCAAACAACCGCGAAACCGACGAGGUUGUCCUAAUGGACGCUCACGGUCGCUGUCUCCUCACCCUCCGACGAAAGAGGCCAAGUUUGCGACGGAGAUGGGAAGGGUAUUUCGGGGAGAGAUCGGACGGUCAGAAACCGAUCUUCGGGGUUAGAAGAUCGUCGAUAAUCGGAAGGAGCGGCGUGACGGUGGAGGUGUACGGAGAGUACCAUUGCAGCGAGUAUAUGAUUGAAGGUAAUUUCGGACAAAGAAGCUGCACGGUGGUUGAGGCGGAGACAAGGCGGAAAGUGGCGGAGAUACGACGUAAAGUAGAUGCGUCAACGAAAGUGAUGCUUGGUAAAGACGUUUUCUCGUUGAACGUGAAACCAGGUUUCGAUGGAGCUUUUGCAAUGGGAUUGGUUCUUGUGCUUGAUCAGAUCUACGGUGAUGAUUUCGUUGAAGUUGGUGAAGAACAGGUGCACCCUUCCGUAGAAGAUCACUGA